AUGGCGGGCAAAGGGGUUUCAUGGACCGCUGGGCUUGGCAUAUUAGCGACAUUAUCACACGCGCGUGCGGACUAUCAAACUACAGACGACAGUCACUGUGACUGCUACCUCACGAAUGGCAGCACGGGGGCAUACUUCACGACCCACAAGUUCUUCGAUUUUCGUUCCAUGGCAGACCACGUGAACGUACCGUCGGUCUCGAUAUCAAGUGCGGACGCAGCGAGUCAGGCGGACACAUCUAAUGAUUACUUCAACUCCAAAGAAUGGACCGAUGCCUGGGGCAUCCAAAAAUGGAACAACAGCGCCAAUCUCGAUGACGGAGACGCACGGAUUCUCAUGGUCAACUCGCCGGCCAACGUGUACUUCGAUGCCAAUACCGACAUCAACGGGCAGUCGGGUACAUAUCUCACCCUGAGGACUGCGCGGCUCGACGAGUUUCAGACGGCUGCCGAGUUCGAGUCGACUUCGCAGACCUAUCAAUACCUCUCGGCGCGCAUGUAUGCGCGCACGGUCGGCCCUUCCGGCGCCAUCACGGCCAUGUUUACGUACCGCGGGUCCGACGACCCGAAUGCGAUCCAGGAGUCGGACCUCGAGAUCCGGACCAUGGAUCCUCCGGAUGUGAUCCAGUACACGAAUCAGCCGUCGUACAGCCGGACAGGAGACGCGGUCGACCAGGCGACCCGUAACGCCACCGUUCCCGUUGGUUGGGACGACUGGGCCGUCCAUAGGAUGGAUUGGAGCCCGGAAGACACUACGUGGUAUGUGGACGGAGUCAAUGUAAGCCAGAUCAGCUUCCAGACCCCGCGGGAUCCGAGCUAUCUCAUCUUCAAUUCGUGGAGCGACGGCGCGAACUGGAGUGGCAACAUGUCCGUCGGCGAUGAGGCGUACCUCCAGAUCCAGUGGAUUGAGCUGGUCUACAAUUCGACAGCGGGCGAGCAGACCUCAGACGACAGCAAUGGGAGGAAGAGGGGCCUGCUCAAGCGCGAGAACGCGUGCAAGAAAGUCUGCAGCAUCGAUGAGACACACACACUCGGCACGCCAGUUUUGCUACAAGGAGACGCCUGGGGCUUACGAUCGGGUGUCUUGAGCAUUUGUAUACCUCUGCUUGCUGUAGCAGCCCUGCAAAUGAUGGUAUAG